CUUUGCAUGGUUGGUGGUAAGGCCUUUUCUUAUAAGUCAGGACGAACCGCAAACUAUUCUCAGACUCUUCGGCUAGGAGUUGAAUUUGUGGAGCAGAGAUGGCGAAUGUUGAACAGGUUCCGCACGAAGAGGCGAUGGUACGAGAAGAACCUCUAGAAACAGAGCAGCAACAGCAGCAGGAAGAAGUACUUGAGGACAUUGGACCGCUUGAGGAAGGCGCUGUUAGUGUCGGGGAUGGCUCGGCUAGCGGUACAGCACUCGAGCAACAGGAGGGCCUGGAAGACGCAAUGGAGCCGUCGACUGUGGAUACGACGCAUGCAGGAUGUGCAGCAGAGGUUUCAGUUGUAUCAGGGGUCACCCUAGAUGAAGCUGGCAUCACUCAGUUCUUGGAGGUGGGGGACAUUGACGAAGGAACCCAGUUUGAGAGAGACUUGCAGCAGUGGCUGGCUCUGAAAGAGGAAGAGGUGAAGAACAUGGCCGCACAGCUAGCGGAGGUCGAGACUCACCGUCAGCAACAGGCCCAGGAGUUUGCUGCCGAAAUAGAGCAACUCAAACAACGCCAUUUGGAGGAGAUUGAAAACGCUCUCGCAGCGUCUACUGAGGCACAAGAAGAAUUGAAUAAUGCCGAGGCAAAGUAUAAGGAGGAAUUAGAGCGUGCUUUGGCUGAGAGUGAAAACAAGCACAGGGAAGAGGUGGAGGCCAUCAGAGCUCAACUAGAGAAGGAGACGGAGGUGGAAGGUGGGGAGAGUAGUGAGAGGGAGGGUAGUCUGAUUCCUCGACUGAGCCCCCAGCUGAGUCCCCGUGGCCAGAAAGAACUGAGACUCCAGCGAGAGAGACUGUCACGACAACACAGGAGUGAACUGAAGGCACAGGAACAGAAGCUGCGCGGCGAAUUUGCCCUCCAGAGUGAGGCACUGCAGUCGAGGCUCGAGGAAGAGUUUACUGCCAAACUAGCUGAGGCCGUGACCGACUCAGCGCUGAAGAAUGCAGCACAAGUGGAGGAGAUAAGUCGGGAAUUGAGGCUGGAGAAGCAGAGGGCUGUGGAGGAGCUGGAGAGGGAGCAAGAGGAGAGACACAGGCAAGAGAUGGCCAGGCUUUCCCAGGAACGCCAAGAGGCAGUGGAAGCUUGUAAGGCGGAGUUAGAGUCUGCUAGAGCCGAGUACCAGGGAAGGAUAUCUGCUCUUGAAGAAGCUAUGGGUAGCGAGCAUGAAAAAGGGACGCAGUCCGAAGAAGAUAAGGGAGAGGAGUGGAAGGAGAGAGAAGAGACACUGCGGGGUGAGAUGGAGGCAGAGGACUUGGAGCAAGUCGAGGAGAUUCGGCAAGAGUGUACCAGAGACAAGGAGGCUGCUCUGGAAACUCUAAGAAUGGCUCUGGAAGGAGGACUACAGACUGAGCUGAGGAGAGCUCAAGACAUCCACAAACAGGCCCUGGUGGAACAGCGGGAACAGCUUCAGACUGACUUUGAGGGGCAACUAUUAGCCGCACACGAGGCAAUUCAAACUCUGCAGUCUGAGCUCCAGAGGGCAGGUCAGCGGGAGGGGGUUAACGUUGAGGAAGCGAUGGCUAAGGCUGCCAAGGAACAGGCUGUAAAGAAUGAGGAGAUGCUACGAGAGGUACACCAUGCUGGGGUAGUGGCCCUGGAGGCUGAGAGAGAGGAGGAGAGAGGGAGACAUCAGGAGGAGGUGGAGAGGCUCAGGGAGGACUUUGACACCAGACUGCACCAAGAGUUGGAGGAGUUGACCCAGUCCCACAAGGCAGAGGUCGGUCUCCUGCAGCAGCAGUACGAGACACAGCUGGACUCACUCACCCUCUCCCACCAGCACAAUAUGGCUCAGGCCAGAGAGGCGAUUGAGAAGAGUGUUGAUGACAAGAACAGAGAAGGAGUUCCAGUCUCGACUCCAGCAGCUACAGAAUGAACACACCACCCAACUCAGAGUGGUGGAGGAGGAGGGGGCAGAGAGAGUGGCACAGGUACACCAAGAGCUGGAGAGAGUUAAGGAGGAGCUGGUGGAAGUGAGGGAUGUGGUGGAGGAGCAUCGAGGAGUUCUGAGGGAGAGAGAGGAGGAGAGGGAGAGACUGAGUCUCCAGGUCCAGGCAGCUGUAUCAGGGGAGAAGGAUAGGGAGGACCAGAGGGACAGACAGCACCGCGAGGACACUGCCUCUCUCGCCAUCCUCCAGAAACAACUGAGUGCUCUCACCAAUGAAAAGGAGGCUCUGGGGUCAUGUCUGGUGAUGCUCCAGUCAUCAGUGUCGGGGUGUGUCCAGUUGGCCAGCCUCGUGGAGCAGACUCUCUCCCCUCCCUCCUCCACAACCACCGCCUCCCAGCUCUGGCACACUCCUUCUGCUAUAGUGUAUGUUCUGUCCACUACUACUCCUACAUACACUUGCUAUGUUAUUGUAUGUAUGUAUGUAUGUAUGUAUGUGCAUGCUUCAUAAUACUUUCACAAAUCACUUAAAACCUAAUUUUUACACAAAAAAAGUGUAACGAAUGUGUAGGUGUAUACGC